AGAAGAAAGCAUCAACAAGCUUGGGGCUUGAGAGAAGAGCUUCUCGCUAAUGCUUCUAUUUUCCUCCAUGACUCUUUCACGCCCCUCCUUCCAUGCUUCUCUCACUCCAGCAACUUCGGUUGGAACGCCAAAUGUAGAGAACAAAGUUCACAUGAGUAAACCUAAUAUUAUGUUUGAGGGGAAUAAAGAGAGAAUAAAAAAACUACUUAAUAAAGUUGAGCUGUCUGUAUCAAGUUACGAUACAGCUUGGGUGGCAAUGAUCCCAUCACUAUCUUCUUCACAAACUCCUUUAUUCCCUCAAACUCUAAAUUGGUUAUUAGAGAAUCAACAAAAAGAUGGAUCAUGGGGUCUUCCUAAUCGUGAUGAGUUGUUGACCAAAGAUUCUCUUUUAUCUACCUUGACUUGUGUGCUUGCUCUUAAGCAAUGGGGUGUUGGUGAACAGCAAACUCAUAGAGGACUUGCAUAUAUUGAGUCAAACAUUGCUUCAUCUUUUGAUAACAAGCAACAUUCUCCAAUUGGAUUCGACAUUGUCUUCUCUCAUUUACUCGAGAAAGCCCAAAAGUUGGAUCUGAAUCUUCCUCUUGGAGGGAAAAGUCUGGAGUCACUCAUCCAAAAGAGAGAAAUGGAGCUCCAAAGAGGCUGGGCUGGAAGCAAUUUAGAAGGCUGGAAAGCAUAUUUAGCAUUUAUUUCAGAAGGAUUUGGAAAUUCUCAAGAUUGGGAAAUGGCUAUGAAAUAUCAAAGAAAGAAUGGAUCCUUAUUUAACUCACCUGCCACUACUGCAUGUGCUUUCACACAGCUAAACAAUACACAGUGUUUUGAUUAUCUCCGUUCGUUGUUAGAUAAAUUUGGAAAUUCUGUUCCAACGUGGCAUCCUUUUGAUGCCUUUGCUCGAAUCUAUAUGGUUGACAGCCUUGAAAAAUUGGGCAUUGAUCGUUUUUUCAAAGAGGAAAUCGAUAGUGUGUUAAACCAAACAUACAGAUUGUGGCGGCAGGAUGAGGAUGAUAUAUUUUUGGAACCAACCACAUGUGCCAUUGCAUUUCGUUUACUACGGUUACAUGAAUAUGAUGUUUCUUCAGAUGCACUGAGUCGAUUUUCGAAAGACAAAUUCUGCAAUAGCCUUGAGGGAUAUUUGAAGGAUGUUAAUGCUGUUACGGAGUUACACAAGGCUUCACAAAUACCUCUACUUUCACAUGAUCCAGUUUUGGAAGAACUAAAUUCCUGGACAGGAGAUUUCCUUAGGGAAUAUUUGUCUUGUUCCUCAGAACAAGAUCACAAGCCUCUUCAUAAUAUUUGCCAUGAGGUUCGUUUUGCUUUGCGAUUUCCUCAUCACACUUAUUUGGAUCGUAUGUUUAACCGAAAAAUAAUGGAGAAUUAUAAGGCUGACCAAAAGAGAAUUCUGAAAACAUCAUACAGUUCCGUGAAUCUCGCAAACAGAGAAUUUAUUGAGUUAGCAGUGGAAGACUUCAACAGCUGCCAGCUAGUAAUUCGAGAAGAAUUCGAAGAAUAUAACAGGUGGUUUAUGGAGAGUGGAAUGGACAAACUCCAGUUUCCCAGACCAAAAGUGGCAUAUUCGUACUUGACAGCCGCAGGAACACAUGUGGAACCAGAGCUCCGUGAGGCACGAAUGUCAUGGGCAAAGAAUGGCUUGCUCGUAUGUGUUUCUGAUGACAUGUACGAUGUUUGGGGUUCUGAAGAAGAGCAGAUAAGGCUUGUCGAACUCAUGGAGAAGUGGGACGUAGACAUGGAGAAGGAAAAUUGUUCGGAGCCAGUUAAAAUAUUAUUCCUAGCACUGAAAGGAACAAUUUGUGAGAUAGCAGACCAAGCCCUUAAGAUUCAAGGACGAAGCGUGCUGAAACACCUGAUUCAGCUUUGGGUGGACUGUCUGCAAUCUUUCCUGCAGGAAGCUCAGUGGAGGAGAAACAAUUACGUGCCAAGCUAUGAGGAAUAUGUGCCCGUGGCACUAAUAUCAUUCGCCUUGGGACCAAUUCUCCUCCCAGGUCUGUAUCUGGUAGGACCUGAGCUUCCACAGGAAAGCAUUGAAAGUUACGAAUACAAUCGCCUGUUUGACGUGGUUAGCAUCUAUGGACGAUUGCUCAAUGACAUCAACGGCUACAAGAGGGAAAUGGAGCAAGGAAAACUGAACGCGAUAGCAGUGAGAGGGAGGGAGGGAUCAGGAAGUGAGGAAGAAGUGGUGAAGAAGGUGAAGGAAGAGAUUGAAGAGAGCAGGAAAGAGCUGUUGAGAAUGGUUUUGCAGAAAGAAGGAAGCAUAAUACCGAGCCAAGUGAAGGAUGUGAUAUGGAAAAUGGCCAGAUCGCUGUACGUCAUCUACAAGAAAGAAGACGUCAUCCAUUCACGUGACUUGUCGGACGAGGUCAUCAGUAUCAAAGAUGCUGUUGUCAGCGAUCCUAUUGUUUUGAAAUAUGAUUAAUUAGAUAAAAAACCAGACAAAGAAAAUAAAAUGCUCAAAACAAGAUAGUAUAAGCUGGCUCCUUUCGCUUAUAUAAAUAAUAUAAGGUGACCAAUACAAGCAUUACACAUAUACACAAAAUAUACAAGGGCAUACCUGCAUAGUAUAGGGGCUAAGUCGAUCUUAUCCAUAUUGUAACUAAUUACAUAAUUAAUAAAUAACUUCAUUCUCUAACAUUCUGUAAUGACCGGAAAAAAAAACUAAUAAUAAAGUAAAAUUAAUUAAUUAAAUUAUUAAAAUCUGUUUAAAAUUUAUUUUUAUUAUUUUAGAGCAAAGAUAUCAAGGGGAAAUUGAGGCAUAGUGAACUGUAUGCAAAUUACAUUAUUGAUGGGUCAUAAAUUUGAAUUUUCAUCGGGCCAAGAGUGGGAUUUUAUCUUUUAGCUUUAAUUUAAGAUAAAAUUACGAAAAUGCCCUUAUGUUCAAUUAAAUAAAUAAAGGGAGAAAGAGAUAUAUAGCAGAGCACACGUUUCUUCCUCCAUUUGGGAUCUGAUUCAAGAACCAUUGAGAGAGAGAGAGAGAGAGAGAGAGGGAGAGAGAGUUAGAGAGCAGCUGAAUCGGGGUCACUUCCGCCGCCUCCGUCUUCUUCCUCCUUCGUCGUCGUCAACGCCGGUGGUGUGUGCAAGUGGCAACUGAGAGGAAGAGAGGAGAGCUUUAAUCAUCCAGACCAUUCAUUUUUUGUUCUCCUCCCCUUCGUCGCCGACAAGAGCAAAUGGGUAAGCAAUUUUUCGGCCAGCAUCGUUGGAGGUCACCAGAUUCCUCUUCUCCCUCUGUUUUACGUUAAAAAAAAUAAUAUUCCUCUUUUGUUCAGUCUUGCUGUGGGUGUCAGUGUUGCUGGAUUCUGGGUUCGUCAUCCGUAUGUCGUCUGUGUGUGUGAAGUGGGAGACCUUUUACUAGCAGAGGUUGCCGGAUUCUUCCAUGUUUUUCUGUGUUCGUGCUAUUCUGUGCUGUCUCUGUUUUUGCUUCUUCCUUCGUUUUCCUGUUUGCGUGAGGGGGUGAUUGUGAGAAGGGUAGCGAUUGGUGUUGUAUGAAGUGAGUUUUGAACUUUGAAAGCACUACAGGAACUUUAUACAGAACACUGGUUGUUAACGGCAAUUCCGUGAGCCCUUGGUAUGCUAUGGUACACCUAGCUUGCAAGGUGUUUAUAGGAGGUGCUAGCCCUGUGCGAUGGCUAAUGCACGUGGAACGGAGGGAUGGUUAUUCGUGAGCAUAGUACUCACAUUUGUUUUGUGGCUUCACGCCGCGUUUGGUUAGGGAUACUCUCAUGGAUUGUGUGUCCACGUUUGUUUCAUGACUUCAGCUGCGUUUGGUUACUUACCUUCAUGGAUUGUGUGUCCACAUUUGUAUUCGUGGCAUAAGCCACGUUCGGUUAUUUACCUUCGUGAAUUGUGUGUUCACGUUUGUUUAUUGUUUUAAUAAGUCCCUAAAAAAUUUGUGAAUUUUA